AUGCGCUUCAUCCCCGGCAACGAGGCUGCCAGCAGCUACUCCCACACCGGCGGCGCCUCCCAGCAGGCCUCGACCUCGGCCCCCUCGGCGCCCGGCCUCCACGACACGCUGCGGUACGGCGUCGGGCCGUCCGCCUGGGACGCGCAGACGAGCCGCGUCACGUCGGCGCACCCGCUCGAGUCGCGCCUCAAGAACUGGGAGGCCUCGCAGGAGGCGAUGCGCAUGGAGUCGCUCCGCCGCACCUUUGGCAUGGCCGAGCCCCUCCGCCGCGGCAUGGAGCUCAAGACUGUCCGUGACGGCACCUGGCGGCCCCUGGUCCUCGGCUCCGGCCUCCCCAGUGUCCACGAGGACAUUCUUCGCGGACGCGACGACACCAUCACCUGGGAGGACGUCUUCACCGGCGACGAAUCGAGAGGCGUCGCCGGCUUCCACGAGGAAAUGGAGAAGAAGUGCAAGGUUUAG